GACGGCUGUAGGACAUUCAGGUUGAAGCAUAGCAUUGGGAGACAUCCGCUCUUGAUUGUGCGCGGCCUGUCGGUGGCAAAUUGUCGAAUCACCUCAUGGACGACGACGGCUUGGAGAAGGAAGUGCAGACCCUUCAGCUGCAGAUCACAGAGCUGAAUCGGCUGCUGUUUUCCACGUCCGACAGCGCCAAGCGAAAGUCCCUGGAGCAGCAGAUAGAAGAACUAGAGGAGGAAGGCAUCGCAUUACGCAAGAAGUGUCAUGACGAGAAGGAACUGAUGCCCGCUGUGUCCAGAAUGAACAACGCACGACCCGCCAGCGCACGUCCGCGGCGAACGACACUCAAACCCGUGAUUGAAGACGCCGAAGUACCCAUCGCCCACUUGACGGCAGAACUAGCUCGGCGACACUUCACCAACACCAUCCACUUGGACAACGAUGCUAUCCGAGAUAUCCUCACAUCUUCCCACAACGAACGCUUCCCCGCUACCGCCGUGAUCGAUUCCGGCGUCAAAACCUACUGGAUGUCUUCGGGAAUGUACCCGCAAGUCCUGCGGCUCAUGCUGCGACAGACUGUGUACAUCGCGUCCGUCGAGAUCACCUGUGUGUUUGUGAAGGAGCUGGUGAUCCACUGCACCCACAGCCGAUCUGUCGUCAACCCCGAGCCCAUUCGCGUCACACUACCGCCGCCGCCUUUGUCUUCUAUGUCCUCUUCGCCCGAUGCACGAGGCGACGACUGGGACACCCGCGUGUCUCACAAGUUCAAAUUCAAAGGCGAUGCCGUCGAAGCCAUCGACGUACGGAUACUCAGCGGGUACUUUGACUUUUGCAUUGUCCACGGCAUCAAAGUCAAAGUGGACGAGGACCUCGAGACACAGCAGCAGCCGACCAAGAGCGUCAGCCAGAGUAGUUCGUCCAAUACGCACAUAGAGUUAGUCAGAUAACACCACCACCACAGAUUGCACUCAUCGUAUCGCUUUGAUGGAAA